ACGUCGGUCACUCCUACGCUGGUUCUUCAAGGUGUAGGAGCGACGACAGUGAUUCCCGGAGGAGAUGCCGACUCCAACCGUGCCCAGGAGAUUCGCGCAGCGGAUGCGGCGGCGAUGCCACCACCGCCGCCACAAAACCCAACGGCAGCGCCUCUAGGAGGAGCGACGGCGCAACCAGGGGGAGCAGCGGGACAAGGAGGGGCACCACCACAGGCAACGGUGCAAGUCCCCGUCCAGCAGGUGGUAAUGACCAGGCAGGAGAUGCAACAAAUGGUGGCGGAGGCAGCUGCGCAGACGGUGCAGCAAGUCACAAACAGUCUCUCUCGGGCUACGGCGAUGCUGAACACUGUUGCAGGGUCACGCCAAAAUGCGGAGGAGGAUGAAUCCAGCUAUGGUCAAGGCGGGAGGUUGAUUAGGAGUUUGCGGGCAGGACCGUGUCGGACUUCUCUGGCUAAGACUCCUGCUCAUACGUAUGAUGAGGUGUUGAGGAGGUGUAAGAAAUAUAUUAAUCUUGAGGAGACCGAGGCAGAGUUUGCCAAGCUAGAGGAGUUAGGUCGAGGGGAGUCGAGGAAGGAGAAAGCAGUUUCGCCUAAAAGGAGAGCCUCGCCCAGGAGAGAGGGGCGAGCUAAGCAGGAUCGGGGACGAGAGGAGAGAUGGAAGGACCGACCUAUCUCUGGAGGGAAAAGAUUCCAUGAUUACACCUCAUUGAACGCGAAGGUAGCCGAGGUCUUGAUGGCCAUGGAGAAAGGGAUAGAUGGGAAAGAUGUGACGUGGCCAAGGUCGAGGUUCGAAGGGCCAACCCAACCGAAGUCGAGGAGAUAUUGCCGCUUCCACAAAGACUAUGGCCAUACUACUGAGGAUUGUCGGCAUCUCAAGGACGAGAUUGAGCGCCUUAUUCGAGCAGGGCAUCUCAAGGAGUUUGUUUAUCAGGAUAAGGGGAGGAGGAAGGAGAAGAGAAGGUGUCGGGAGGACUCGGAGGAGAAGAGCGAGGAGGAUGAUGAUGAGGAUGCGCGAGGUGGUCGAGAUGGUCGAAAAAUAGAUGAAGGGAAAAGGAGGCGAGGAAGUAGGGAGCGGGAAAGAGAAGGAGAUGGAGGCCAAGUGAAGAGAGGCACGAUAUAUAUGAUUUCAGGAGGACCGACGAACGGAGACUCGAAUAAUGCAAGGAGAGGCCAUGUUCGAGCAAUGAAAAGGAAAAGGGAGGAGGUGGGUAUCACGGCCCGAGUACCAGAAAUCAGUUUUCGAGCAGAGGAUGCAGCAGGGGUGGUGGUACCUCACAGUGAUGCCUUGGUAAUUACGGCUGAAGUUGCAGGUUUUGAUGUGAAAAGGGUGUUUAUAGACACAGUGAGUUCGGUCGAUGUCAUGUUUUAUGAUUGCUUUGUGCAAAUCAAUCGGGAGUUGAAUGUGGAGCUGAAGCCGGUGGCUACGGCCUUGUAUGGCUCUAACGGCGGGGAGGUUAUGCCAAUGGGAGAAGUGA